AAUAAACAUUUUGGUCCGGAAGUGACGACGGACGCCGCAGUGGAUCCCACCCACUCCUCACGGUCGGAGAGUUUUUGUCGAAGGCCGGGCCCAGACGGGGCCUCCCCCGAGAACAGCCGACCCGGACAGAGGGAGAGGCCGGGCGCUGCCGUGGCUCGCCCGCCUGCGCGCCGGAGGGCUCGGAAGUCUGAGGGGCCGCGGGCGAGGCUGGCUUCCCCCGCAGGAGGCGAGGCGAGGCGAAGCUGCGUCCUGGGCUGGCGCUGCUGGGUUUGGACGUCCAGGCUUUGACGAACCCACAAGCAAACUUCAGGGUCUGUUCUUCUGAUGCAUAACAGAGGAAAGAGAUGAAGGGACAGCAAAAGGCUACAGAAACAGAAGAAGGUACCGUGCAAAUCCAGGAAGGUGCAGUGGCGACAGGUGAAGAUCCCACCAGCGUGGCCAUUGCCAGCAUCCAGUCAGCCGCAACCUUUCCUGACCCAAACAUCAAAUACGUCUUCCGAACAGAGAAUGGGGGUGCUCAGUUGAUGUAUCGGGUGAUACAGGUGGCGGAAGGGCAGCUGGACGGGCAGACGGAGGGAACCGGUGCCAUCAGCGGCUAUCCUGCGACGCAGUCCAUGACACAGGCUGUCAUCCAAGGUGCGUUCACCAGCGAAGAUGCAGUUGAGACGGAAGCCACAGCCACUGAGACGCACUAUACGUACUACCCUGCCGCCGCCGUGGCUGACACCAGCACCUCGGCUGGGGCAGGGACCACAGCCACGGCGGUGGUGACGACCCAGAACUCGGAUGCCUUGCUGGGGCAGGCCACGCCAACUGGUGCCGGUCAGUCAGGGCAAUUUUUUGUCAUGAUGUCACCGCAGGAGGUUCUGCAGAGUGGAACGCAGAGGUCUAUUGCCCCCAGGACUCACCCCUAUUCCCCGAAGUCUGAAGCGCCACGAACCACUCGAGAUGAGAAACGCCGAGCGCAGCACAAUGAAGUGGAGCGCCGGCGCAGGGACAAGAUUAACAACUGGAUUGUGCAGUUAUCCAAGAUUAUCCCAGACUGCUCAAUGGAGAACACCAAAUCUGGACAGAGUAAAGGUGGAAUCUUGUCCAAAGCCUGUGACUACAUUCAGGAGCUGAGGCAAAGUAACCUCCGUCUCUCGGAGGAACUUCAAGGUCUUGACCAGCUGCAGAUGGACAAUGAAGUUUUGCGACAGCAGGUCGAAGAGCUGAAAAACAAGAACCUGAUUUUGCGAGCGCAGCUGCGUCAGCAUGGCGUGGAGAUCAUCAUCAAGGAUGCCCACUGACCAGCCGUGGUUGGCCAGGGCCCUGCUCAGAUCACCGCAUUCUUCAGCACAGCAGAAGAUGGGGAUCCUUUGUCCUCACCCCACCCCACCCCAGUGCUUCCAAGCCAGGCUCCCAUUCUGUUGAACAGAACCAGAAAGAAGCAAGAUCAGCCUGGGACCAGGGACUGAGCUUUGAGACUCUUGCCUCUGCCUUGCCGCCUUGGCUGGCCCCCUUUGAGCCAGAUGCUGCCUCUUGACAAAGUACUUCUUGUUUUAUAGCUGAAUCGAUUCCCAGGUUGUGUCCCUUCUUCUUACCAUUAAUUCCCCUGUGCCUCUUUUAUGAGCAGCACCGCACACCUGGGCACUCAAACUAUCUGGCACAUCUGCGCAUGCAUGCAAAAUCAUAGUAUUGUUGCACGUUCCCACAUGUGUUCCUUUCACCCAGCCCUACCUCCCACCCCCCACCCCCACAAUUUCCAAAACCUCUUCCCUUGUCCACACCAAGGCACUUGAUCCUGUUAAGCCAUGGAGCUGAGUCUGCUAGUUCAGCUCAUGCCUGGCUGACUUGCCCCCAGCUCUCAAGCCCUGCUUUAUGGCUCCCUUUGGGCUUAUCUUCCGGCCUGUCUUGGGCCGAUUGCAGUCUGGGCUCCACCUGUGUUAACCUCGGCUCUCACUGCUGUAUAACCAUGAUGGGGAAGUGGGGCCCUGCCCAACCUGGGAACACGUCUUCUGUGUCCUCCGCCUCCUUGCUCUGAACCCCCCCUCCCCCAACCAAAAAAUUAACUUUGAUCUCUUGAACCAUGGAAGCCAAGUGCAAAGGAGGUGAGUGUGCCAGAAGCAGAAGCCGUCAUUCUCUUAGAGGCACUUUGGGAUACCGAUUCUUUUCUUCUUCUUCUUCUUCUUCUUUUUUUUUUUUAAAAAAAAGUAAUAAAUUUCUAAAUUAAAGAAGUGUAAUGGAAAAGCA